CGCCACCACGAGCCUGCCUGCAAUCCAGUUUUCAGCCAGGCGCCCGCCGAACCCCAGCAACAAGAGUAUCCACCUCGAAGGCACCCAUAAAUGCUCGAACGCAUCUCGACCCUCCUUCACAGCGCCGCCGCGCUGGCCAGCAAGAGCAUGCUCCGCGAAGGCGUCGCGCCCUCGCCCCUCGAGCGCGAGCCCAUCGACGAGAGUUCGCUGCUCCUCGAUAUCGAGCUCAAGCGUAUCGAAGCAGAGAUCGCGCGAUUGAGCGCCGUCCGCGACCAGCUCGUCGACCAACUCGCCGUCAAUCGCUCCCUCGUUGCUCCCGUCCGCCGUCUCCCUCGCGAGCUCCUCGCCGAGAUCUUCGUCCAGUUCUUCCAAGAGGAGGAAGCCUUUCUUACGGACCCGAAGAACUCUAGGUAUCCCACGGAGGAGAUCAGCCGCUAUGUGGCGCCGGUCAGCUAUACGUGGUGGACGGUCGCACGCUCUACACCCGUACUCUGGAGCAAUAUCGCCCUUGAUAGCUCGGCUUCUCGCAUGCGCCGGCAUUUUGAUACUUGCCUUGCUCUAUCCGGCACUCAUGGACUGGAUAUAUACAGUCACAAGUCAUACAGCGUAGCCGAAGUCGGCUCGCAGCUCGCACAGCUCGCACCAGCGACCACGCGGUGGCGAACCCUGUGGCUGCCCCAUCGGCUCUUAUCAGAGCUCGGUCUCUCGUUUGGGAACUUUCAGAGCCUGGAAGUGGUUGCAUGCAACUGUUCUGGGCGCAGAUCCGAUGCGCGAAUGCAGCUUGAAGUCCUCUCGCAUGCUGCCCGGAUACGGCGGAUGCACCUCCAGGAUUUCGAAUCCCACGGGUUGCAGCUGCCUCCAUGUGCCCUCACCCGGCUGUCUCUCUCAGGGAGUUCAGGUAGUUUCAAGCUCGUCGUCCCCCUCGUUCGCCAAUGCAAUGCAUCUAUACAACACUUGAGUGUGUCCUAUGGCAACGACUUGGUCAUCAGCCCAGGACCAGUCGGCGUGGUCCAUGUCCCCCAGCUCAUCUCCGUUGAUCUUUCCAAGCAUGCGCACCAGGUACUGCCUUUUUUGGACGCUCCGAAGCUCGACGACUUGACGCUGCGGCGUUGCGCAGACGGUAAAGGCAAUCCCUUCGAGUCGUUGUGCGCCUAUCUCUUCCGCACCACGUCUCCUGGCAAGUGCCCUCGCCGCUUGUCCUUUUUGGACUUCCAACGAGUUCACGGGAUAUCAGCGUCACUGGCCUUCAUAACCCGCACGCUCAACGCCAGUCUCGAGCGACUCGACGACCUUCGAGAACUAUGUGUCGUGUUCAACGCUGGGCUGUAUUAUCUCUCGGACGGUGCCCUCGCGCGCCUUGGUUGCGCCGAGGACCGCGCACCACUGUUACCGAGCCUCACCGACCUCACGCUACGCAUUGGAGCAGAAUCGUCGUGGAUCCAGCCCAUCGCGCGACGUCAGCUCCGCGAGAUGGUGCAGUGGAGGGCGACGACGCGCACUAUCUGCGGGCGCACCGUUGCGGCCAUCAAGCGCUUCGACACCGAUAUCGAUCUUAGCGAAGACGCGGACUCGGGUCAACGGUCUGCUUAGUCGAUGUAGACGGAACAACAAUGUCGUCUCCGCCCUGAACUUAUACGGGGGUAGCGCUGCUCGCGUCUUGGUCAAGGAGAUGGUGGUCAUCUGGAACGCGAGGGAGGUUGGGCAUGUCAAGGCAUGUAAUUGGUAUAGAUCAUGUACGCUGCUAUGCAUGAAGCAUAACUUCACCGCUAGUGUACAAGACCUGAUAGUCCGCUCUUGGUAUGCUUCUGUUCAAUGUCGUGCAUGACUAGCGAACCUUC